GCGCCCGACAACUCGACCCUCCCCCUCCCGGUCCCCAAGUAGUGUUGAUCACUGCUAUUAUUCUUUUCGGUCUUCUUUUCGAAACAGGUUCAUUUUCUGGUAAAGAAGUAACGAGAAAUAUAUAAUGGCUCUCAAGGAAAACAUCCCCAAUAUUGCCGAUAUCCGCGCCCAGAUUGAAAGCAAGAAGUUCUGCUUCUGCUUGCCGGUUAGGCUUGGUGUUUUUGUGGUCUCUCUCAUCACUACUUUGGCUGGCUCUAUCAUCGCUGCCAUAGCAUGGAUGCAGGUAGUUCAGAACCGCAAACAUCCGGUGGAGAUGACGGACGAAAUCGCAGCCUACAUCCACGCCUCCAUCUUCAGUCUCCUCGGUCUCAUUUCCCUGUUCGGUUUCGUCGGUUCCCUUGUCCGACACAGAGGCCUCGUCAUCGCCUUCUCUGUCGGUAUGGCGAUCCAUUUAGGGCUGAGCAUCGCUUCGGGUGUCUUCACCAUGUACACGAUCUUCCGGCCGAACCCUGCUACGAGUGUCGAGCAGUGCAUUAAGGAUGCGAAUCCCUCACCUGAUUUGCUGGAAGAGACGAAGAAUAUCUGUAAGACUGGUAUGGCAGUGGCCAAGGGUGUGAUUGUGGCGAUCUACGUUGUUUCGUGGAUCUUGCAAUUAUACUCUUACUUCAUUGUUGAACGCUACGCCGACCAGUUGGAAGAAGAGGAGAUGGCCAAGCUUGCCGCUAUCAUCCCUCAGCAACCGCAGCAUCCCAUGGCAUACGUCGGAUACCCACACCGAUUCAGCUACUCCGCGUACUCUGACCAAAGAAGAUCGUUUGACGAGCGAUAUUACAACCGUAGGGAAACCUAUGGUCAGGGUCGUGGUGAUCUUCCGCCUCAGCAAAACAACUUCCAUCCACCUCAGCAGAGACCGUUGUCUGCCGAGUAUGCGUACCAGCUGCCGCAGAGUGCGAUUGGGAAUGGAGCGAGAGGAAAGGAUGCUAGCAAUAAUGCGUAAGCGGGCGUCGUGCAUGAUGCUUUCUUGCAGAGCUUUACAUACCUAUAUUUUUGGUCCUUUGCCUGGCGCAAGGAUAUCUUGGGGAUUUUGGUAGUGCUAGUUUUGUAAGCUAGGCUACAUAGUGCUGGUUACAAUUUGGGGAUAAUACACAUAGUCGCUUCUAA